UUUUUUCUUUUCUUCUUUAAUUAUGACAGAAUCUAUCAAAACCACCUCUACUCAUUCUGGGGAACUCCCUAUUGGCAAAGACGGAAAACCACUCAAACCUUGUUGUGCUUGUCCAGAAACGAAAAAAGUGCGAGACCAAUGUAUUUUUGAUAAAGGUGAAGAACAUUGUCAAAACCUCAUCGAUGCUCAUUUGAAAUGUAUGCGGGACCUUGGCUUCAAGAUUUAAAAAAUGAUUUGUACAUUGUUUAUUAUUAUCAUUCAACCUCUUUCUCCUUCUUCAUACGAACUACAAGAUCAUUGAACAUUUAGAUAGAUAUACUUUUAGAAAUAUUCUCCCCCCUUAUUAUUUUCAUUUAUCCUUUAUUCUCUUCCUUAGUGUUUUUCUUCACUUUAUAUCGAAUCCUAUUCUUUUGUAUAUUUGAUGCUUUUAAUAAUAAUAAAAAAAAAGCCCUUCAUUGUUUUUCUUUUUUGAAAUAUAAAAUAAUGAUGCCUUUAUUUAUAUC